ACUUGUGCUGAUAACGCUUUCUCUACACAGAAUUGCAACAGCACAGUAGUUGUGCAAACUUCCGAUCAUUUUGCUUUAGUAACACAACAGCCCUUCAUUGGCAAAUAGGUUAACCAUUGGCAAAAAAGUCGAAGAGUUUCGUGUUUCUUUCCAGAUAUUUAUCAAGUAUAACCAUGGGUGACCAAGACGCCAUUAGGGGUUUGGCUGCUGGAGCUUUCGCCCUAUACGGAGCAUAUAAGCUGUAUCAGCUAGUUUCCGGCUCUGGCGGCGAAGAUGCGCAAGAGGGUAGUUCACGGAGAAGGAGCAUCGACCCGGAGGACUCCGGAAAUUCAUGGACCGUUCAAACCUUCGGUCAGCCCCAUUUGCAGAUGAUUGAUGAGCUGCCGUUCUACAACAAACCUGUCCGGAUUGUCACCAGUGCAAGUGCUUGCAAGAUGGCGGUGGCAGAACUACGUAAGCACUGCAAUGAGUACCCGGUACUUGGGCUGGAUUGUGAGUGGAACAACUGGUACGAACGCUCUCCGGUGGCUCUGCUUCAGCUGGCGACCAACCAGGGCCUGUGUGUUCUGAUUCGGCUGUGCAAAAUGGAUAGCAUUCCAUCGACACUGAAUGAUUUGCUCUCCGAUGGGAAAAUCAAGAAAGUUGGUGUCGAAGUCAAAAGGGACAUGCAAUAUCUGUACAACGACUACCAACUGGUGGGACUUGCGCGACUUGGCUAAACGGUGCGGUGUUCCACCGCCCCAUGGAUUGGCAGGGCUGGCCGAAAAGACGCUAAAAAUCAAAAUGGACAAAACGUAUCGGAUGAGCGAUUGGGAAGCCGAUGAGUUGAGCGAUGCAGAAAUCAAAUACGCUGCACACGAUGCUCUUGUAGGUAUCGAACUGUUCCGGAAAUAUGCGGAAACUCUUUAUCCUCGAUCUCCCCGAACCAGUCAGAAGGCUUGGAUACAGCAGGUCGUCAAACAGCUUUAAAAUACGUAUGUAGCAGAAGCCGCACCACCAGUGAAAAUAAGAAUGUUGCAUGCGAUGGAGGGGUGCAACUUUGCAGCAGCAGUCACGGUGCCAUUAUUAUGAUCCCAAAUGUAUUCUAUUUGAAAAUAAAGAAAUUACGCUACCGACUUGUAACAAAAAAGUACAAAAAAGCU